AUGCCUCGCGGCGAUGAUUUGCGCCGCCUAACAACUGUGGUGUUGCGCCAUGGGCUUCCGCGCACUGAGCUCACCGCGCAAAGCGCGCAAAUCGCGCAAAGCCCGCUCCGCCUUCCCCGCCACGGGCUUCCGCGGUCUAGCCUCUGCCCCGCGCCGAUCUCCCCCCCUCUAGCCGAACCGCCCGUAGCCUCCGGCCAAAUCCCCGCACCGGCGCACCCGCCGUCGCGCAUUUUUCCUGCCGCGUCGCGUUUCCUUUCAUGCCGAUACGCAUCCACCUCCGUCCAUUCGACCUUCUCCGCUGCUACCGCCGCUUCUCCCGCCGCACUAGCCGCCGGAUCUGCCGCCGCGACCAAACCCAUUGAAUCACACUUGUUACCUCUACUCAUCCCCCUUUCCCCCUUCCCUCCACCCGGGUCCGCCCGUUAUAAUCACAUUUUUUCUGGUGUGCCUGUGCAGACGGGGCGAACAGCAACAGUGUGGGGGAUAUUUCACCAGGAGGGGGUUCCAGUGGCAGCGGAGGCGCGCAUAGGAGGGGCGAAUAAGCCGUGCUGGAAGGCAGUGAGAGAGAGCGAGGGGGAGGGUGGUGGUGAUGAUGGGGAGGAGGAAGCGGAGGGAAACCCUGCUAGGGACGCUCCUACUGUCCACGCUUCCGUCUGA